CUCGGGGGGCCGGGGCUGCAGCAAGUUCGCGGAGGCGCAGAGAGAGCUCGGACGCCUGGGUCCGCGCUGCGCGGUAGCCAGCUCCAGUACCAGACCUUGCUUCGUCACCCAUCCUCUUCCAGGGCCAUUCCACUGUCCUACUAACAUUGGGCUCAAGAGCCUUCCUCCUCCGGCCUCUGCCCCUGCAGUACCUGCCUCCGAGGCCAUGGGGAACCCCCUCUCAUAGUCCCUGCCUCAAGAAGCAUCCUGCCAGCCUCAGCAGUCAGAUGCAGGCAGGGAUGAGCUGAAGUUCCAGAAGAGCUGCCCUCCUGUCCCCCAGACCAUGGCGGAGGAGCUGGGGGAUGCGCUGCCUGUGACGGAGUGGCUGCGGGCGUUGCAUCUGGAGCAGUAUGCCGGGCACUUUGAGCAGUACGGGCUGGUGUGGGCAGCAGACUGCCAGAGCCUGAGCGAUGGACAGCUCCUCCACAUGGGCGUCACGAUGCCCGGACAUCGCCGAAGGAUCCUGUCUGGCCUCCAGAGGGCCUAUGUCUCGGCCCCUGAGGAGCCUCGGGGACCCGUCCCUGCUCCUGCCCCUCGGGGGCUCCCCCGGCCCGUGCCCGCCAAGCGCCACGUCUUUCGCUCCUCCCCAGCCCUAGCCCCAGCCCUGCCCGAUCCAGCCACGGCCCCCGAAGCGGCCCCUAUGCCAGUGCUAGCUUCAGCACCAGUCUCAGCCUCAGUCUCAGUCCCAUCCCUAGUGCUGGCUCCCACCUUAGUUCCUUCUUCGGCUUUUGCCCCACCGAUCCCUCCACGAAGGAGCUGCCAACCUCCUUAUCCCUUUGCUCCUCUGGAACCUGGCUCAUUGAGGGACCCCAAGCUGCCUCCACUACCCGCCAAACGACACCAGGUAGAAGGCAGGGCCCCCUCCAUCCCACCUCGGACCAGCCCGUGCAAGUCUCUGAUGAGCCUCCCUACAGAAGAGGAGAAGUCCCCGGAGCCCAAACUUGAUGCACCUCCUUCCCCCCUUGCCUGGAUUCCCUCCCAGCCUCCUCUACUUUCCCGCAGUGCUCCAGAAAUUCCCCCAAAGCCCUCCCGCCUGCUGCCUGAGUUUGAUGAUUCAGACUAUGAUGAUCUCCCAGAAGAAGGGCCACCAGCCCCAGACCCCAACCCAGUGAUGGUCAACAAGGAGGAGCCAUCCUUGGAAGAUGUCCCGAGGGCUGUGAGCUUGACCAGCCUGCUGAGUGAAGGUGACGAGCCUGAGGAGGAGUUCCAUGACUAUGAGGACAUCCCCAAUGGCACAUGGGAUGAUAUUGGUCUGAGAUCCCCAAGCUUCAGCAGCUCCUUAGUCCCAGAAGUCCCUCCGACUCCUAUGGAGGGGCUGCCCUCAACUCCUUCCACACCUGUCAUCAAGGUUGGCUGGCUGAACAAGAACCCACCUCAGGGGCCCCACAUCUCCUCCACCGCCAGAUCCUACAUCUAUCAGAAGCGCUGGGUCAAGUUGGACUCUGAUUAUCUGCGCUACUUUGACAGUGACAAGGAUGCUUACUCGAAGCGUUUCAUCCCUGUCUCCUGCAUCUCUCGAGUUUCCGGCAUCAGCGAUCAGAAAUUCGAAGUCAUCACGCACAAUCGAACCUUUGUCUUCCGGACUGAGAGUGAUGCUGAACGGAAGGACUGGAUGCAGGCUCUUCAGCAGGCAAUGGAGGAGCAGCGGAGGCGGGCCCAGCUGGAGCCUCCCUGCCCUGGCAUCCCUGACCAAGCUGGCAACCUGGAGCUUCGGGGGGUGAAAAACAAGCUCUAUGUGGUGGUGGCUGGUGACAAGGUGCUGCUGUAUAAGAACUUGGAGGAAUACCAGUUGGGUAUAGGUAUUACUGCCAUUGACAUGAGCGUGGGCAACGUGAAGGACACCGAUCGGAGAAGCUUCGAUCUCACCACUCCUUAUCGGAUCUUCAGUUUCUCGACUGAGACGGAGCUAGAGAAAGCGGAGUGGCUGGAGGCCAUGCAGGACGCCAUUGCGGAGGCGCUCUCCACGAUGGAUGUGGCCGAGCAGAUCUGGGCAGACGCCCCUAAUCGACUCUGCGCUGACUGUGGGGCCCCCCAUCCAGACUGGGCCUCCAUCAACCUCUGCCUUGUGAUUUGCAAGCGAUGCGCAGGGGAGCAUCGAUGGCUAGGGCCUUCGGUCUCCAAGGUUCGAAGCUUAAAGAUGGACCGGAAGGUAUGGACAGAGGAUCUGAUUGAGCUCUUCCAUCACCUGGGAAAUGAAGCUGGGAGGCGGUUCUGGGCAGCCAACGUCCCCCCCAGUGAAGCCCUGCACCCCAGCAGCAGCCCCGAGGACCGGCGACAUCACCUGGAGGCCAAGUACCGGGAGGGCAAGUACCGCCGUUACCACCGUUUCUUCGGCAAGCAGGAAGAGCUGGAUAAGGCCCUUUGUGUGGCUGUCACUACCACUGACCUCGAAGAGACCCAGGCCCUGCUGGGCUGCGGGGCAGCCAUCAACUGCUUCUCAGGGGACCCUGAAGCCCCCACGCCCUUGGCCGUGGCCAGGCAGGCCGGCCAGAGGCUGCAGAUGGAGUUUCUCAGGAACAACCAGACCUCGGAGAUGCCCCGGCUGGACCCCGUCAGCCUCGUGGAAAAGCAUUACUCAGUCAUUCAGCCCACCGUGAGCCACAGCGGCUUCCUCUUCAAGACAGCCUCCGUGGCCAAGCCCCUGCAGGAGCGCCGGUCCCGAGAAGAGUUCAGCCGACGCUGGUGUGUUCUCAGCGAGGGUGUCCUGAGCUACUAUGAGAAUGAGCGGGCCGUCGUGCCCAAUGGAGAGAUCCGCGUCAGUGAGAUCGUGUGCCUGUCUGUCCCCCCAUCUGACGCCCAUGGCUUUGACAGCACUUUCGAAGUGUACACAGAGACUGAGAGAAUGUAUCUGUUUGGAUCAGAAAGCCGAGACCUGGCCCGUGAAUGGGUCAGGUGCAUUGCCAAGGCCUUCGUGCCGGCCCAUGCGGAGGAGCUGCUGUGCAGGGACUUUGAGCGUCUGGGCCGCCUCUCCUACAAGGCCGGCCUCAGCCUGCAGCGGACCCAGGAGGGUUGGUUCGCAUUGUCCAGGUCUGAGCUCCGGGUGGUCUUCAAGGAGAGCCCCAGCGAGGAGGCCCUACAGCUCCGAAAGCUGCAAGAGCUAUCGAUCGAGGGGGAUAAGGAAGUGCUCGUGCUGGUGGAGAGGGGGAGGACCUUGUACAUCCAGGGAGAAAGGAAGCUGGACUUCACCGGGUGGCUGGGGGCCAUCCAGAAGGCCGCAGCGAGCUCUGGGGACACGCUGUCUGAGCAGCAGCUGGGGGACUCCGACAUCCCCGUCAUCGUCUACCGCUGCAUCGACUACAUCACGCAGUGCGGAUUGACCUCGGAGGGCAUCUACCGCAAGUGUGGGCAGACGUCAAAGACGCAGCGGGUACUGGAGAGCCUGCGUCGGGACGCCCGCUCGGUGCACCUCAAGGAGGGCGAGCACCACGUGGAUGAUGUGUCCUCCGCCCUCAAGCGCUUCCUGAGGGACCUCCCCGACGGGCUCUUCACCCGGACUCAGCGCUCUGCUUGGCUCGAUACGGCAGCCAUCGAGAAUGAGGAAGAGAAGAUUUCUAGGUACCAAGAACUCUUGGGGCUCUUGCCUCCUGUCAACCGGGCCACAGUGAAGGCCCUAAUCAGCCAUCUGUACUGUGUACAGUGCUUCUCGGAGACCAAUCAGAUGAAUACCCACAACUUGGCAAUCGUAUUUGGGCCCACGCUGUUCCAGACAGAUGGUCAGGACUACAAGGUUGGCCGAGUAGUGGAGGACCUCAUCGAUCACUACGUCCGAGUGUUCAGUGUGGAUGAGGAAGAGCUGAGGAAACAGCGAGAAGAGAUCACAGCCAUUGUCAAGAUGCGAGUGGCAGGCUCAGCCAGCGGGACACAGCAUGCUGGAGAUUUCAUCUGCACUGUAUACCUGGAAAAGAAGGCAACUGAGACCGAGCAACAUGUUAAGAUCCCAGCUUCCAUGACAGCCCAGGAGCUCACCAUGGAGAUCUUAGAUCGUAGGAACGUGAGGAUAAAGGAGAAGGACUAUUGGACCUGUUUUGAAGUCAAUGAGAGGGAAGAAGCAGAGAGGCCCCUGCACUACACUGAGAAAGUCCUCCCUAUCUUGCACAGCCUGGGGACUGACAGUCAUCUGGUGGUAAAGAAGUACCUGGCCAUGGAGGCCAUGCUCAUGUACCUCGCCAGCAAGGUGGGGGACACCAAGCACGGCAUGAUGAAGUUCCGUGAGGAUCGGAGCCUCCUGGGCCUGGGUCUUCCCACGGGCAGCUUCCACGACCGCUACUUCAUGCUCAACAGGAGCUGCCUCCGGCUCUUCAAGGAGAUCCGGAACCCGAAGCAGCACAGUGGGGGCCCUGAGAACAGUCACAAGCCAGAAAAAGAAUGGCCCACUAAGAGCCUCACCAUCUACCUGGGGGUGAAGAAGAAGUUACGACCACCUACAUGCUGGGGUCUCACCGUGGUACAUGAGACGGAGAAACGUGAGAGACAGCAGUGGUACCUUUGCUGUGACACUCAGAUGGAGCUCAGAGAGUGGUUUGCCACCUUCUUUCUCCUGCAGCAUGGAGAGACCGUGUGGCCUUCUGAGCCCUCCAAGGUGGUUCGGCCUGCCCCUGAGUCGAGGCUGGGCAGCGUGUCACUCAUCCCCUUGAGGGGCAGUGAGAAUGAAAUGAGGAGGAGUGUGGCCGCCUUCACUUCUGACCCCCUGUCUGCUCAAAGUCCACCGUGACCAGGUGCUGCCCCCAGCACCCCUGACAUGAGAGGGGGCCAGAUAUUGUCGUCUCCACAGGAGAGAAGCAUAGACCUCAUGAGGAAGGCCAGUUAGAGCUGCUUGCUCAUCCCAUCAAGACUCUAUCCUGGACUUUGUACGUGUUGGGAAAGAAGAUUCUCACCUCCCAGAGUUGCGGGGGGCAGAGUUAGCUAUGGUGCAUCAGAAUAAGUGAGGGCAGAUCUCCUAUUUUUCCCUCUUUAUCUCCACCUACCUUCUCCCUUCAUCCAGGACCUUUUUCUUUUUAAAAAAAUAAUAUAAAAUAUCUGUAUAUUUUACGUUAA